CACGGCAGGAAGUGACGUAAAAGCCGCGACGCUCACCCCUGCAGCUGUCGCCUGUGUUCCGGCUGUCGCCGCCAGUGCCGCCAGAGCGGGUGUUUGAUCACUCCGGGGACGGCAGGCUUUCCCGAAUGACUGUAACUGAGCGAUCAUGACAGGAAAGAAGUCUUCCCGGGAGAAGCGGCGCAAGCGAAGCAACCAGGAGGCGUCAGAGACGCCCGCGGCCCCGGACCUGUUACCUGUACACGCCGGCAGCGGCAGCGGCAGCACCAGCGGCUGCGGCAGCACCAGCGGCUGCGGGAACGUGAGCUGCUGCGGGAACACCAGUGUCACCGGCAGCGGCACUGGCGGCGGGAGCGGGGGCAGCUGUUGGGGUGGGAGCAGCGUGGAGCGCAGCGAGCGCCGGAAGCGGAGGAGCACUGACUCGUCCUCCAGUGUCUCGGGCUCCCUCCAGCAGGAGACCAAAUAUCUUUUGCCAACUUUGGAAAAAGAAUUAUUCUUAGCAGAACAUAGUGACCUUGAAGAAGGUGGACUGGACCUGACUGUGUCAUUAAAACCAGUUAGUUUCUAUAUUUCUGACAAAAAAGAGAUGCUUCAGCAGUGUUUCUGUAUCAUAGGAGAAAAAAAGUUACAGAAGAUGCUUCCUGAUGUAUUAAAGAACUGUUCAAUAGAAGAAAUUAAAAAGCUAUGCCAGGAACAGUUAGAGCUCCUGUCUGAAAAAAAAAUCUUGAAGAUUCUUGAGGGUGACAAUGCCAUGGACUCUGAUAUGGAAGAGGAGGCAGAUGAUGGCUCUAAGAUGGGACCUGAUUUAGUCAGUCAACAGGAUACCAGCAGAGAUUCUGCUUCAUCCCUAAGAGAAAACAAGCAACCUGAUGGUUUGGAAGUAAAACAAGGCAAAGGGGAAGAUAGUGAUGUUCUCAGCAUAAAUGCUGAUGCUUAUGACAGCGACAUAGAAGGCCCGUGCAAUGAAGAAGCAGCUGCUCCUGAGGUUCCAGAAAGUACAGUCCAAAGUGAAGCUGGUCAGAUAGAUGACCUGGAGAAAGACAUUGAGAAAAGUGUGAAUGAGAUUCUGGGUCUGGCAGAGACAAACCCAAAGGAACCCAAAGCAGCCACCCUGACUGUUCCUCCACCAGAAGAUGUUCAGCCUUCUGCACAGCAGCUGGAAUUACUCGAACUUGAAAUGAGAGCAAGAGCUAUUAAAGCCCUGAUGAAAGCUGGUGAUAUAAAAAAGACAGUCUAAUUAUUUAACUUGCCCCUGAAUUUUAGGUGUGCUUGAACAAAUUCCCAUCACAUAAUUUUGUAUCUGAAGUUCAUUUGGGGUCUUAUGAUAUUUGUCAUGUAGCACUUACUAGAUAAACUCUCCUUGGGCCUGAACUACCUGUGUUUAUUUUAUUGUUACUUUUAUAUUAUAGAUGUUUUACUGUUUCACAAAUUCAUGGCAUGUAUGUUUGGAUAACCUGUCUAUAUUGUUAGUUGCAUUCAUACUUGAAAAGUUCAUACCUGAAAAGCCAUUAUCAGAGUUACUGUAUUUGUUUGUUUGUUUGUUUAUUUUUAAAUGUUUUGGCACCAAACCUAAAUGCUUAAAAACGAUUAACCAAGCAUGUUGCUCUUAGGGAUACCUAUAUUUUGCCACGGGGUAUUAAAUUAUUGCUUCUAUUUUGGUUAACAUUUAGAAGAAAAUUGGUUAUGCUGCAUACUUAAAAUAUUACUUAACUUGAGAAUGUCUCCUAUCAGUGUGAAUUUACUACUAAAAGCUGAAUAACUUUUUUGUUGUUGUUGUUGAAAGGUUUAAAAUGCUGAGAUGGCUAAUGAACAACUUUUUUUUUUUUAAAUAAAAGAAGAGUGUAAGGCUGUUUCUAACAAUGUAGAAUUGCCCAGCUUUUAAUUUUAGUAGACAAGCCAUUCUAACAGGUAUUUGAUAUUAUUGGAUACUUUGUUCAGGUUUUUCCUUUAGUACAAAAGGAACACAUUUUCAUUUACAUUCCAAUCUAUCAGGAAAAGGAGAAUGUUUUAUCAUGCAGGCUUUUAUCUAGUGCUUUUGCUUGAAGAUCUGAUGUGCUAUAAUCCCAUGAAUUAAAAAUAAUAAAGACUAUCAUUCUGGAUCUGAAGACUUUUGAUACAUUUCCAAAAUCAAAAUUAAUUUCAGGAAGCUUUGAUAAAUUGAUGUUAUAGUUAAUCAAAUUUUGUAUACUUUUGUAAAUAAAUUAGCAUCCUGCCACAAUCACGGAUGCUUUUUGCCCCAUCAAUUAAUUGUAGUUGUUUGAUAUCAAAAUAAAUUUAGGCGCUCUUAAAAUAAAUUAAUUUUUUUCAAAAAAUGUAA